CAUUUCGGUACCAGCACCGAUUUGCCGCCACGCCCAAAACCUCACCCAAUAGCCCAACUGCUUCUCCCUAGGGUUUUAGGCGUCCCCUCCGUCAUCAAUGGCUGGCCAAAAGAAUCAGAAGCCUGAAACAGAGGCUCCCAACGCCGCCGACCAUGGCGAGACGAAGCCGCACAAGAAGCACAAGAACAAGCACAAGCGGAAGAUGGAAGAAAACGAUCCGGAAAUCGUUACAGAAUCGAAAAGCGACGCCAAGAAGAAGAACAAGAAGGAGAAGCAUGAAGAAAUGGUGAAGCUGAAAUUGGACGAAUCAGAGGAGAAGGAAGCGGUUAAUGGGUCGGUCGGAUCUUCAAAGAAGAAGAAGAAGAAAGAGGAGGAAAAAGGUAAGAGAGAAGGUGUGGAGAAUGUAACGGAGGGUGUGAGAGAGGGAACCGGCGUUGUGGUGUCUGGGAAAAACGUGAAUGAUUCGAAAUACAAGGCAUUGGACUCGUUUGUGGAGUCUGGGCUCUCGAGUGAAAUUUUGGACUGCUGUAAAACAUUUGAUAAGCCGUCGCCAAUUCAAGCUAAUUCCUGGCCUUAUCUGCUUGAUGGCCGUGAUUUAAUUGGAAUUGCAGCCACUGGGUCAGGUAAGACGCUUGCAUUUGGAAUUCCUGCAAUGGUUCACGUUCUAAGCAAGCGAAUGAGCAGUACCUCUAAGAAAGUGAUUCCACGUUGUCUUGUUCUGUCGCCAACAAGGGAGCUGGCUCAACAAAUUUCAGAUGUUCUUUGUGAUGCUGGCAAGCCUAGUGGAGUAAAGUCAGUUUGUAUAUAUGGAGGAACUUCUAAAGGACCCCAGAUAUCUGCUCUAAAAUCUGGUGUGGACAUUGUGAUUGGAACCCCAGGUCGUUUGAAGGACUUGAUCGAAAUGGGAGUGUGCAACCUAAAGGAGGUAUCCUUUGUGGUCCUAGACGAAGCUGAUCGCAUGCUUGAUAUGGGAUUUGAACCUGAGGUUCGCUCAAUAUUAAGUCAAACAUGCUCAGUUCGCCAGAUGGUAAUGUUUAGUGCAACAUGGCCCCCAGCUGUGCAUCAAUUAGCUCAGGAGUUCAUGGAUCCCAACCCAGUUAAGGUGGUUGUGGGAUCAGAAGAUUUAGCUGCUAACCAUGACGUCAUGCAGAUAGUGGAGGUGUUGGAUGAUCGGGCACGUGAUGAACGGUUGCAGAAUUUGCUAGAGAAAUACCACAAGUCUAGAAAAAUCUCUGGCAGGAAUAGAGUGUUGGUUUUUGUUUUAUACAAGAAAGAAGCAUCAAGGGUAGAGAAUAUGCUUCAUAAAAGGGGUUGGAAAGUUGUCUCUAUUAGUGGUGACAAAGCACAAUCUGCAAGAACUCAGGCACUGUCUCUGUUUAAAGAUGGUACAUGUCCUCUAAUGAUAGCAACUGAUGUUGCUGCUAGAGGAUUGGAUAUUCCUGAUGUUGAAGUUGUCAUUAAUUAUAGUUUCCCUCUCACGACAGAGGAUUAUGUGCACAGAAUAGGUCGGACUGGAAGAGCUGGUAAGAAGGGAGUGGCCCACACCUUCUUCAUGAAGGAAAACAAGGGACUUGCUGGGGAGUUGGUAAAUGUUCUUCGCGAAGCUCAGCAGGUCGUCCCUGAAAGCUUACUAAAAUUUGGGACUCAUGUCAAGAAAAAGGAGUCAAAGCUGUAUGGUGCUCAUUUCAGAGAAAUUGAUGCCAAUGCUCCCAAAUCUACAAAAAUAAAAGCCAACUCAGGAACUUCAAAUCGAUGCUCGACCGUUGGAUUCACCAGUCGAUCGUGCGGCCCACGGAAGCUUCCGUGGUUCAUCCACAGCUUCCUCUGCCACCGACGCCCGCCACAUGCCGCCUCGGAAAAGCCGCCGGAAAAUAUGAUCAGGAGCAAGAUAAAGAAAAAUUUCGCACCGGCGGUGACGAGCGGCUCUGUUUCCGGUUAUAUUGCACGGUUGGUGGAGGAAUCAAUGGCGGCGCUGCAGUAUCUGGAGACCCUGCGGAAUGCGCACCCGGAGCUCUCCGAGUGGUACAACGCGCUUUCAGAUCUGUACCAGAGGAAGUUAUGGCACCAGCUCACGCUCAAGCUCGAACAAUUCGUAGCCCUCGCUGUGUUUCAGGCUGGGGAUGCUCUAAUCCAGCUUUACCACAAUUUCAUAAGUGAGUUUGAGACGAAGAUCAAUCUUCUCAAACUUGCUCAUUUUGCCGCCAUAGUUUCUCGACAGUAUUCGGAGAAAGAAGCUGCUAUAAACUACCUUGAAGGAGUGAUUGAGAAGCUUCGGAAUACCAGGGAAUCACGCAUUGAGGAGCCAAUACUUUAUAUCAAAAUGCAGAUUGGUCAGUUCAAGCUUGAUCAGGGAGAUCAAAAGGAAUGCAAAAAACUUUUAGAUGAGGGAAAGAGUACGCUUGACAGCAUGACAGACAUUGAUCCAUCUGUGUAUGCCAGCUAUUAUUGGGUUUCAUCUCAGUAUCAUAAAUCCCGUCAAGAAUUUGCAGAAUUCUACAGAAGUGGUCUUCUUUAUUUAGCUUACACAUCAGUAGAGUCUCUGUCAGAAUCAUUUAAGUUGGAUUUGGCAUUUGAUUUAUCUCUCUCAGCUUUGUUGGGGGAUAACAUCUACAACUUUGGUGAACUUCUUGCUCAUCCGAUUAUAAAAAGUCUUUUGGGCACUAAGGUUGAGUGGCUUUACUACAUUCUUGAAGCAUUCAAUUCUGGUGAUUUAGUCCGCUAUCAAGAACUAUGUCGUGUGCAUGGAGCUGCUCUGAGUACCCAACCGGCAUUAGUCCAGAAUGAGAAAAAGCUGCUUGAGAAGAUCAACAUUCUCUGCUUGAUGGAGAUUAUUUUCAGCCGGCCAUCAGAGGAUAGGACAAUUCCGUUAAAUAUCAUUGCCGAGCGAACAAAACUUACUGUAGACGAUGUGGAGUAUCUUCUCAUGAAGAGCCUUUCAGUGCAUCUAAUAGAGGGAAUCAUCGACCAAGUUGAGGGCACUGUUUAUGUGUCGUGGGUGCAACCUCGGGUUUUAGGGAUCCCUCAGAUCAAGUCAUUACGUGACAGGCUGGACAAUUGGGUGGACAAGGUUCAUACUGCUUUGUUGUCGGUUGAGGCUGAAACACCCGAUUUAGUUGCUGCCUAAUUUUUUUCGGCUCCUGCCCCUUUUGAAUUCUGAAGAUACUCUAAGCCAAAAGGAGAAACCUUGAUUUUGAAUUUCUUGGGUCAUGUAAUGUUGUGGGUUUCUCUUCUUAUGCUUUUCUUCUUUUUUUUUUUCUUCCCUUUUCUAUUUUUCAGCCAGACUUUUUCUACUUUAUGAGUAAACACUAAACAGCAAGGGAUUUCUUUACACAAGUUCUCUGUGCUAGCAUACAAUUUCUUGUAUUAGUAGUAAUUAAUGUUCACUUAUGUUUGUUUGAACUUUCAAAUUUCAAUGGUGUCAUUGAUGGAAGUACAAAAUUCUACUGCAGCAGCAGAAAUCUGAUAUUGUUUUUAUCUGUCAACA